ACCCCCCUUUUUUUUUAAUAUUCGGUCCCUUUAAUCCAUUCAAGGUCAUCAGUUCACGUCCCGGCCUUCCUCAAGACCCGCCUUUCAUUCCCUCCCCCACCGCCAACUCCAUACAUUUAGCAAUAAUAAUAACACAAGCUCUAGCACCCUCCCAGCUCUCCAAACUCUGGACUAAACCACUUCUACACUACGACUUCUACUAUCCAACAAUUUUUCUUCUUUCUUCACACAACGACACAACGCCCAUGUAUCAAGACACCACCAACUUCUUGCCCAAGAUGAAUCCUACCGACGAAGAGCUCGACCGCGACUGGAAGCCCAAUGGCCGCCGACCGCAAUCCACCAUUGCCCGUUCCUUCAGUCAAGAAUUAAUGGAUAUCUUUCGCAUUGAAAACAGCAUUGCCGACCUAGAUGAGCAAGUUGACAAGCGAAAGCAGCAAGUAACAAGUGGACAAACCGAACUGGAGUCCCUCGAGGCUAGAAUUAAAGAGAUGGAGGAGAAACUCAAGAAGCAGCACCCUGGAGCAGCGAACGGUUUGCACGCACGAACUCAACGGCAGGCCCUUAGCGACGCCUUCGACAAAGCGCAGGCCGAGAAAGAACAGCUCGUACAGCAACAGCAGAGGUCCCGGCCUGGAACUGCGAAACAGGUUCAGCAAGCACCUGCACAUGGAGGGGCUAUGCCUCCGACUCCAACAGCCAGCGAAGGUGAAUACGUACUUGUCAAUCACAGCUCCUCUGGUGACCGUGGCGCCGAUUCCCGAAAUUUUACUGACUAUGUCUUGAUUCCUAAAGAUGGUGGCGAUCGCGAACACUAAGUCGUUAUUUGCUUUUUAACAACUCUUCCCCGCCUGCGCCCCCCUUAGCCCGUACGACUGGUUCUCCGCCUUGGCUUUUGUUCCCA